AUGAACUCUCUUGUAGUUGAAUCUUUGGGAUCAGUACCUCGUUUUGCUUUAUCCAAGUGGGCUUCCAAAGGCGGUAGUGCGAAAGGCAAAGACUUUUCUACUGAUGCAGAUUCUGAGAUUGGCUCACCUCGUAGCCCACACCUACGUCAUCGAGGAGGCGUUUUUGGUAAGAACAAGAAUUAUCUGUUGGUUGUUUCUGUGCACUUUGUUUCUCUCUCUGUGAUCACUUACUUAUAUGUUAAUAUAAUAGAGGAGAAACCAUCAGGCAUGGGUGAAACCGUGUUAGCAGCUGAUGAAGAGAUUAAGAGAGAACGAGCCAAGUCUCUAUCGGUAUUCGGAGGUCUAGUCUCGCCUAAGCUGCGUGGUGCUCAACUCUCAUUUGAAACUGCUCUUGAAACUCUUGUGGAAAUAGCCAACACUCGAUCAUCCAUGCUAUCUGCCUUUGAGCAGUUCACAAACAAGUAA